AUGAUGGACAACUUCAACCUGACCAUCCGCGGCCAGCGGGUGGUGCUGGUGCCAUACCGGCGUGAGCAUGUGGAGCUGUACCACCAGUGGAUGCAGAGCGAGACAUUGCAGGAGCUGACAGCCAGCGAGCCACUCACGCUGGAGGAAGAGUAUGCCAUGCAAGCGAGCUGGGCAGAGGACCCGCAGAAGUGUACCUGCAUUCUGUUGGAUCCUGAUUUUCCCGGAAGUCAUGGCGGUGCGAUGGCGGGUGAUGUCAACCUCUUCCUGACUGACCACGACGAGCCAUCCACCGCGGAGCUGAAUUUCAUGAUUGCCGAACCGCGCAGCCGGCGCAAGGGCAUCGCGACGGAGGCUCUGACGCUAUUCAUGGCGUAUGCUGCCAUGCAGCUGGGCGUGACAAAGUACCGUGCUAAGAUUUUAGAGCACAAUGCUGCUUCGAUACAGCUGAUGCAGAAGUUGGGGUAUCAGGAGGUGUCACGCAGCAGCGUUUUCAAAGAGGUGUGCUUUGAACUGGCGGUGGAGGGCGAGGUGCACGAGCGGUUGUCGGCGGUGCAGCUGCAGAUGGGGGCAUACGACGAUGCGGCUGCAGGAGUGGCGGCACUGCGAGAUUGUUCUUGA